AUGCCGCCGGCUAUUGUUUGCUGUCCGUCUGUCCCCUCAUCUGGCGAUUGUGAUGCCUUGUUCGUCCCUUCCACCAGGUGGAUUGGCAACUUCUCUCGGCUGCAGCAGCUGCAUACUCUGCUGCCCUAUGGCGUACUAGUGGAGCUGCUUGUCUCCCCGCACUCCUCGUACCACCGCCAGCUGCCGCCCACAUUAGCCCGCUGGCCGCCCGCCCUCUACAACCUGGGGGUUGUCAUCACUUCUGCGGAAAAGCGCCUGCUGCAGCAGGGCAGCGCCAUACAGCUGCAGCUCCUGGCGGGUCUCUAUGUGCGCAACAGAGACUUCAUCGAGGCUCUGGACGUCUAUUUGCGGAUUCUGGUGGCACAGCACAGGGCAAACCACACUGAUUCUAGCGCUGCUACUCAGCUAACGGAUUUCGAUGGACACAUGGAUGAACAUGCUCAGGCGCCUGCUGCUGCUGCUGAUGUGGAUGGGGGUUUCCAAGGGCGUGUGACAAGCCAUGCUGACGUGGAUGGAGAACAGUUGCAUUCACCAGCGAAAUCACCUGUUAAUGGCAAGAUAGCAGGCAAAGGCGCGGCAGGCAGAGAGACAGCUCACAAAGAAAGCAUCAAUAGAAAGGCUGCCGGUCCAUCCUCAGAAGACCACCGCCGAUACCCAGCGCAAGAAUGCAGUGCCGCAUUCCCUAACGAGUCAUUACCAAGUUCAAAAUGGGCAGGGCCGGAUUUGUUUGAGUUUAUUCGCGAGCACAGGCUCGUGCGCCACCUCCUCUCUGCCGCCCCCCACCACCACCACCGCCUUCCCUCCCUCUUCCUCAUCCACCCGCGCCGCGCCGCCGCCCUUCUCGCUGACCACAUCGCCGUCGCGCCGCCCGAAAUGGUUGUCCGCCAGCUGCUGGGCGUCGAUUCGCCGGCCAUGCUUGGGCCGCCCGAGCCGGCCGCUGCACGCCAGCUGUCUCCGCGUGAUUCGGCGGCGCUGGCGGAUGGAGCAGUAAAUGCGGCUGGUGAUGGGGAAGGGAGUGAAGUGGUGCUGACGGGAAGAGAGAGGCGCAUGGCACUUCAUUGCUACCUGCAUGAAGUGUUUGAGCGAAUGCCAGAGGUGGCAUCAGCGUUUCAUCCCAUGCAGGUUGAGUUGUAUGCAGACUUCGACCGCCGCCUGCUGCUGCCCUUCCUGCAGUCAUCCGACCACUACCCUUUACAAGACGCUCUGAACCUGUGUGUGCAAAGGGGCCUGGUGGAAGAGCAGGUGUUUCUGCUCACCCGCAUGGGGGAUUACAAAGAAGCGCUAUCGCUCCUGCUGGAUCGACUCAAGGACGUGAACCGGGCAAUAAUACUGGCCCGCGAGGUGAAAGAACAGUAUGUGUGGAAUUUCCUCCUGAAACGAUCUGCCACAAACCCCCGCUUGGUGGCAGCGCUGAUGGAGCAAGCCUCAGACAUUUUCACACCAAAGCAGCUGCUCGCUGGAGUCGCGCCAAGCACCUACCUAAAAGACUUGCGGCAGCAUCUGCUGGCAGUGCUGGCAGCGUCAGCAACAGAGGUGUCCCUUCCAACCAGCACUCUACUCUCUCCAUAUGCUUCCCCUCAGGCCACCUCUGGGUUCUUUCCUGGUGGAGCUGCUGGGACUUCACUACUCAGUCUGUACUCCCGCAAGCCUUUUCGAAGGAAGGCAUUUAUGGGAACAUCUGCUGGCAAGGGUAACGAGGGUGAUGAGAAUGAUCUGGUGGGGAGGGCAGGACAGGAGGAGGUCCAGCAGGCGACUGGGGAGAGGGAGGAGAGGGAGAGGAGGAGGAAGGAGAAAGAGGAGGCGAGAGCUGUGGCUUUGGCGUUUCGACAGCUGGAGAUGGGGGAAGUUGGUGAGUAUGGAGGGAUGGAAGGAAGAGGAGGAGUGGAGGGGAGAGAUGGGAGAAGAGGAGGAGGUGGUGGGAGAUCGAAUGGAUUGCCAGGAGCUGUUGGUUCUGACAGUUUUCUUCCCUCCAUAUCUCAAUCAGAGGAAGAGGAAGAGGAUGAGGAUGAGGAGGGAGAGAGUGAUGGGGAGGAAGAGGAGGAUGAGGUUAUGUGGAGUGAGCAGUGGUCGUCUGCCCCACUCUUCCCUGCAUCUGGAGGGCUGAAAAUAGCUACCAUUGCUGUUGAGGCUGGUGAAGGUUACAGGGGUGAUAGCAGAACAGGUGGUAGCCAGGUUGAUGGGGGGAAAGGGGGGAUGGGGGAGAGAGGUAGAGGAGGACUGCUUAGAGCCUGGAGCGAGGUGUUUGAGGGAGAGAGAGGGGGGAUUGUGGGGAGCAAGGACGGGCUGAGACGAGCAGGAAGUGAAGUGCCAAGAGGGAAAGAGGAAGGCAUGGGUGAGUUUGAUGCGCGGAGAGGGGGGGUAGGGAGGUUGGAGGGGAGGCAAGAGCGAACCUAUGCUAAUCAGGUUAAGCGAUGCGGGGAAAUGGCACGAAAGCUUCGUUAUUUCAAGGAUCAGUCCGUGAAGGCUGGAAUUCUACCAAGUAGUCCAGCACCAUUGGACAAGGAUUUUGACCUAGACGACCUGGAGGUCAAAUUGGCGGAGCUGGAAGCGGAGUUACUGGAGAUCAAUGCUAACGCUGAGAAGCUUCUACGAAGCCGGAAUGAGCUGAAUGAAUUGCAGCUCGUCCUAGAAAAGAUGGAUGCUGCUGUUCACCAGAGGGAGUUUGAAGAAGCAAGCUCCGGCCGGGAAAUAACCUCUGACACUGCGUUGCUAUUGGAGCAGGUGGUACAUGAAACUGGUUACACGAAUUCACUUGAGCAGUCCCUUCCACAGGAGAUGGUCUCAGAACCUGGCAAGCAGAUGCGUCUUGGAUUCGUUACAGGGCUUGUCCCAAAGGUCAAGGCUGCAACAUUUGAGAGAAUUCUGUUUCGAGCAACUCGUGGGAACAUGUACCUUAAGCAGGAGGAGCUUGACGAGCCAGUAGUGGAUCCUGCAACAGGAGAAGAGGUGGAGAAGGUUGUCUUCGUUGUGUUCUUUGCCGGUGAGCGAGCUCGCACCAAGAUCAUGAAAAUCUGUGAGGCAUUUGGUGCAAAUCGUUACCCGUUUCCAGAGGACCCACAGAAACAGAGGCAAAUGCAUUCUGAGGUGAUUGCACGGUUAUCAGAAUUGCAGACCACCAUUGAUGCAGGCAACAGACACAGAGACAGUUUGCUGAACAACAUAAGCUACCAGAUCGAAAACUGGGCAAGCCUGGUUCGGAGGGAAAAGGCUAUCUACCACAUAUUGAACCAGCUGUCCAUCGAUGUCACUCGCAAGUGCCUUUUGGCUGAGGCAUGGUGUCCCGUGUAUGCGAAGUCAGAGAUUCAAGAUGCUCUUCAUCGUGCAGUGACCAUGAGCAAGGCAGAUGUGGGUACUAUCUUUCAGACGAUUCGGUCUGGCGAGUCCCCUCCAACAUACUUCAAGACCAACAAGUUCACUGGUGCUUUCCAAGGGAUCAUCGAUGCUUACGGCAUGGCACGGUACCGGGAAGCCAACCCUGGGGUUUUCACCAUCAUCACCUUUCCGUUUCUCUUUGCUGUCAUGUUUGGUGACUGGGGUCAUGGCAUCCUGAUGCUCCUUGCAUCCCUCUGGCUUGUCAAGAACGAGAGAAAGUUGGGCUCCCAGAAACUUGGUGACAUCAUGGAGAUGGUUUAUGGAGGCCGCUACCUCAUCCUGCUUAUGUCUAUUUUCUCCAUCUACACUGGCUUCGUUUACAACGAGUUCUUCGCUGUUGCGUUCGAUUUCGCCAUAUUUGGUGGCUCGGCAUACACUUGUCGCACCCCAGACUGCGGUGAUGCAGCCUCUGCUGGUUUGGUGAAGACAGGCAACACGUACCUUUUUGGAGUGGACCCUCGGUGGAAGGGAUCUCGCACAGAGCUGCCCUUCUUGAAUUCACUCAAGAUGAAGAUGAGCAUUGUGCUGGGAGUCACUCACAUGUUUCUGGGCCUUGCUCUCAGCCUCUGCAACGCCCUCUUCUUUGACCUUCCACUCAACAUUUGGUACGAGUUCAUCCCACAGGUCCUAUUCUUGGCUUCUUUGUUCGGCUAUCUCUCGCUGCUCAUCAUAGUCAAGUGGAUCACAGCCUCCCAAGCUGAUCUCUACCAUGUCAUGAUCUACAUGUUCCUCAACCCCACUGAGCCACUGGGAGAGAAUGAGUUGUUUUGGGGGCAAGGAACACUUCAGAUCGUCUUGCUACUUAUUGCACUGAUUUCUGUUCCGUGGAUGCUUUUUCCCAAGCCUCUGAUUCUAAGGGCUGAGCACAUGAAGAAACGUCAGGGGCGGGCAUACGCUGCGCUGAACUCAGACAAUGAACUGUAUGAGAUGGAGGCGUUGCACCCAGGGGAGGAGGGGCACUUGCAUCAUCAUCAACAUGAGGAGGAGUUCGAUUUCGGGGAGGUGAUGGUGCAUCAGAUGAUUCACACCAUCGAGUUUGUGCUGGGCGCCGUCUCCAACACGGCCUCCUACCUGCGUCUCUGGGCUCUCAGCUUGGCGCAUGCAGAACUUUCGGCUGUCUUUUUUGAGCGAGUUCUGCUUCCAGCAUUCGAGUAA